UAAUCAUCAUCAUUAUUAGAAUUUAACAUUGAGAAAAAUUUCUACAAAAGUUUGUGAAAAAAAAAUUGCAAUCAAAAUGAGAUUACGACGAAAUCGUUAUCUAACAUUGGAAGAUGCUCUUUUCGAUUCAAGAAUACCGCUAAGAACGGAAGAAGAAUUUCGUAUGGGAAUCACAUUUAUUGUCAAGCUUGUUGGAUGCGGAAAAAUUCCUCGGCCAAAUUCUCGUAUGGAAAUCGUUCAUGCAAUGCGUCGUAUACGAUCAGAUUGUCGUUUACGUAAAGAUAAAAAACGUAAAACUAUUAUGACAGUAUCGGAUGAAGGUCUAAAAAUAGCAUUACCAAAUAGCGGUGGUGGUGGUGGUGGUGGUGGUGGUGGUGGAAAGCAAUCAAUAUUUAACACCACGACAUUAUCGUCCACGACAACCAACAGCAACAAUAAUAAUUUGAUCAUAACACAUCAUCCAAUACAUAGAAUAUUCUACGUCUCACAUGAUUCAUUAGAUUUGCAUAUAUUUUCCUAUAUUGCACGUGAAGGAAGUAUAUUUCGUUGUUUUGUAUUUAAAGCUGCCAAACAGUCAUUAGCUAUCAAUAUUGUCCGAACGAUUGGACAAGCAUUUGAAUUAUGUCAUAAAAUGACACCACCAUUUAAUGAUAAUGUUGAUGAUGAUCGAACAACAAUGAAAAAUGGACAAAUUGUAUCGGAUAAUAUUCAAAUUAAUGGUAAUAUUGGAUCAAAUCAUCAUCAUCAUCAUCAUCAACAGAGGCACCCAAAUAGAAUAAAUCUAGCUGUUGUUAAUGAUGAAGAUGACAAUGGUGAUGAUGUCGAUGGAAAUGAUCCAAAUGAUGAUGAUGAUGAUAAUGAUGAAAAUAAUGAUGCAGAUCAAUCAUCGAUGAUGGCAAGAAUAACAAGAUCAAAAUCAUCACCAUCACCACGAUCAUCAAAUCUACGUAAAAAUAGUAAAGAUUUAACUUUGAAUAUGGAACAAAUGAUUCAUAAUGUUGAUUGUAAAUUGGAUCAACUUUCCGAUAAGAUUGAAUUACUUGAAAAACAAAUUUCAUCAUUAAUAUCAUCAAUGACAAUCAAUAAUAAUGGAUCAUCAAUGGCUACUACCAAUACUACUACUACUAAUGCAUCUGUUAUUAAUCAUCGAAAUAGAUUUCAUCAUCGAUUACCUACUGUACGUUUUAGUGAAUCAUCUGAACGUAUGUUUGUACAUAAUAAUCCACGUGCAUCAUCGAUUAUAUCAUCAAAUGAUGAUACGGGAAGUGAUACAAAUACAAUUAUUGAUCAUCAUCAUCAUAAUCAAACAUUAAGGCCACAAGUAACGAAACUACUUUAUUCACCAGAUUCAUUAUUAUCUAGUCCAACUAAUAAUCAUAAUGAUCAUCAUCAUUAUAAUUAUAACAAAAAUUCUGAUAUACCUGGCUCGUGUUUAUUAUUUAAAGAUUUAUAUUAAUACAAACAGGAACACAAAAACGAG